AUGCCACCAAUAAAUCUGCCUGCCAACCUCAAAUUUGGACCCUUUCGGGUCUCGAAGCAAGUCUUCCAUCUCUCCAAAACACAACUGUCGUACGGGCUAGUCAACCUAAAACCCCUACUACCAGGGCACGUCCUGAUCUGCCCCGUUCGGUCAGUACCCCGGCUAUCGCAACUGUCAGCAAAUGAAACUGCCGACCUGUUCAACACGGUGCGGGUCGUCUCCAGGACAAUAGAGCGCGUCUACCGCGCCACAGCUCUAAAUGUCGCAGUGCAAGAUGGAGUUGACGCGGGCCAGUCGGUCCCGCAUGUACACGUCCACGUGAUCCCGAGGCAGGCGGGUGAUCUGGACGAUAGGGGUGGUGGGGAUCAGAUAUACGAGAUGAUGGAUGGCGAGGAAGGGGAUUUGGGCAAGGCGUUCUGGGAAAUGCAAAGGGCGAGACAGGCGAGGGGUGAGGAGAGGAGAGACUUUGCUGGUGGUCCUGACAGUGAUAGGAAACCAAGGACUGAGCAGGAGAUGAGUGACGAAGCUGAGUGGUUGAGGGGCGAGAUGGAGAAGGAUGCUGAUGAGGGAGACGAGAAGGGUUUGGGAAAUUGA